CGGGCCGCUAACCGAUACGGUUGUCGUAACGUCAAAUUUACGUUUAUAACGGUGAAAUUACGUGGGUAAAUAAAGUUAUCGGGGCUCGGGAUGAGCGGCAAGAAAAUGUGGUGUAGGCCUCGAGAGCGCUUGCGCUACACCAACGAGCACAGCCUGAUGGUGCUGAAGGAAGUGCUCGACCGCAACCCGUUCGAGGACCCGUACCGCUGGAGUACCGUGCAUGAUAACUUCGUGCGAAUGACCGGUCGCCCACACACGUUGCGAUCGGUCAGGGAACACGUUGACUACCUGCUGAAGCUCUACGUUAAAGGGGACUUGGAAAAUAAAGCCCGUUACAAGGGCAGCGACGAAGAGCACGCGGAAAAGCUCCAGAUGCUCCAAGAGGUACUCGCCCUCAAGGAAAAGUACUUCGACGUGAUCCAGGAUAAGAAACCGACACCGCCCCGAUGCAAAAGAGCCAAGUCCGAAACCCCGUCAACGGACGACAUGGAAGAGAGCACCGACAUGUUUCUGGACGAAGACCUCAAUGAACACGUGGUGCCCGCCGAGGCCAGCGCCGUCAACCUGCAGUUCCUUGAAGCGCGUCAUGCCGCCGAAUUGGAGCUCAGACGCAAACAGAUCGAGCUGCAAGACCGGAAACUCACGCUGGAAGAGCGCGAGCACAAACUUGCCAGGGAUAAGUUUGACUUGGAGAAACAGGAGAGGCUCAGGUGGCUGGAAAUCGAGCACCAGGAACGCGCCACACACCUGAAGGUUCUCGAGCAGCAACAGAAACUAGUACAGAUGUUUUUCGAACAACACAAAUAAAUACGAGUUUAAUUAUUAUUCUUGUCCCUGGUUUGUCCAGUCCCUUGCAUCUCAGACAAUCGGUGCUGAAAAUCGAAGUGUUUUCUUUUGUUGUUGCCGAUUUUCAACGCAAAACCACCUCGACGAUGUUGCACUAUCAGGAUUCAGGAUCGGCAAAAACAGAGGCAUUAACAUCCCUAGGGAUAUCAUGGAAAAAAAAAGAACUUUAUCUAACUGGUCUAAUUUAUUCUUCUACUGACGUUUCAUAAUAGCGAUAGCGAUUUUUCGAUUGUCAUUUUAGUUUUCAAAUUACUUUCUUUUAAGCACUAUAAUGCUUAAAAGUGUUACUCAUUGCUCAGAAAUAAAAAAAAAACACUAAACACAAAUUUGAAUUUUAUCUAUUUAUUAGAUGUAAAUGCAAUCACAUAUUUACCCUUCCGUACUCACACAUAUAUUUUGAAUACACCAAACACACACUGGGGUGUAUUGUUGGGAAUCUCUGCCACCAAUGUUGGGUAAUCGGGAGUUGACCGAUGCCACGAAUGUUGAGUACUUCGAUAAUUAAAACUCGGUAUUGAAUAAAAAUUGUUAUAUUUAUUAAAAUUCUCGUUGAGGGGGGACACUUAGUUACAAAAAUUGAGAGGCAACCCGACUGUCCAGAAUCAAGUUUGAAAUCUGAAUGUCCCUUCUCUUCAACUAUCUUCCACCCAGGAAGACCAGUUUGGACCUUUCGAAAGAAGGGUAUUUUACAAUUUCCUAAAAAUACUACGAAGGCGUAGAAGGGCCAACAUCAAUAUAUAUUUUUUAACGUGUAUUUGAAUCGACAAUUGUCGUUCCGAUCGACAAUUGUCGAUCCGAUCAACAAUUACGUUUGUUUUUUUCACGAAAACGCUGUUAGCUGAACCGUCAGUCUGGUGUAGACUGUUGGCAGAUGCACACGAGAUCAAUUUUGAUACUUCAAAUAAAGAAUCACGUGAGCUUCUGUCAACAAUGGCAUCUUUUAGUUCGCGUAGGAUUAACCGAACUCAACUAUUGUUAUUAUUGAUUCAUUACCAACUUGGAUUUGGAUACCAAGAGGUUGGUACCUACCUAGACAAUUAAAAAUGUGAAAACAAUAAAUGAAUGUAUUUUUCUUGCAACCUACGUUUUCUUCUUUAAAUUAUAUAUUAUAAGUACCGCAGAAAUAAGCUACAUUUACAUUGUGGUACCUAUCUAUACUAGAUAGAUAUUCAAAGUGUUUGCAAUAAAUGUAAAAUUUGAGUCCUUAAUGUAUAAUAUAAAUUAAUUGCAUCCCCAGCAUUACACCCAUUUGGUCUUAUAUAUUCUCGUUCACAGAGAAUAGAGUCGCAAAGAUUUUUUACAUCGUUAUCGCAAAAAGGUAUUUCCCUUAUGACAUCUCUAUCUUCUUUUAUGACGUUGAUUAUUUCUUGAGGAAUAUGUACUAAACAGUUCGCACGUCCGUAAUUUUCUGGAAGUUCGAACAUACAAAUUGGGCGUCCCGUUGGACCUCUUGAAUUUCGAGAACGUCUUAUUCUAUGGGUAUUCCAUUCAAAAGCAACUUGAUCCAGUUCUUC